UAGCGGAAGUUGUUUUAGGCAUGGGCGAGCAAGCACAGUGUGCUGAGUACCACUUUUAAAUGCGUACCUGGAAAUAACACUACACCGGUAAGAAAUUGCAGCUGGGAGGAAUGGAAGCGGUCGAUUUUUGAAGACCGAUACUUGAACAGUGAAACGAGACAGUAGAUCAGAGCGGGUUCCGAUUGGCUGCAGUGGACCCCUGCACACAUGCAGUGCAGCGACCGCUUCGAGAUAGGGCGGACUUCCGUCAUCAUACGAUUUAAGUCCUCUCCUCGCCAGAGUGCAACAAACAUUUGUCAAGCGGUUUGAUUAAUUAAUAUUGGACGACCGUUCGGGUACAGCGAAUCAGAUCUGGCCAGAAUGACCAAAGUGGAGAGGAAAGGUAUCCCGCUAAGGAGGUCCUCUGCAGAAGACCAAGUCAAUGGGUCAAUGGUCAGUAUGUUGGCUCACUCCUUCAGUUCCAACGCAGUCCCUGACCUCAUGAAGGCCAAGGGUUCUGUACAGUUUUCCAGAGAGAACAGUUUCAGACGGACCACUGAAACAGAAGUUUUUGAUGAUGGAACCAACACAUUUUUCUGGAGGGCCCACACAGUGACAGUGCUGUUCAUUCUGACGUGUGCGCUGGGGUAUGUAACACUGUUGGAAGAAACGCCUCAGGACACUGCCUACAACACCAAGAGAGGGAUUGUUGCCAGCAUCUUGGUGUUCUUGUGCUUUGGAGUAACGCAGGCUAAAGACGGACCUUUCUCAAGGCCCCAUCCAGCUUACUGGAGAUUCUGGCUGUGCGUCAGCGUGGUGUAUGAGCUCUUCCUCAUCUUCAUCCUCUUUCAGACUGUGCACGAUGGCAGACAGUUUAUGAAGUUUAUUGACCCCAAGUUGGGUGUACCACUGCCUGAGAAGGGUUAUGGAGGAAACUGCCUUCUCUACGACCCGGGGGACAAAACAGACCCUUUUCACAAUAUCUGGGACAAGAUGGAUGGCUUUGUUCCAGCACAUUUUAUUGGCUGGUACAUAAAGACUCUGGUGAUCCGUGAUUGGUGGAUGUGUAUGAUCAUUAGCGUCAUGUUCGAGUUCCUGGAAUACAGCCUGGAGCAUCAGCUGCCAAACUUCAGCGAGUGUUGGUGGGACCAUUGGUUGAUGGACGUGGUUUUCUGCAAUGGCUUUGGGAUUUACUGUGGCAUGAAGACCCUGAAGUGGCUCUCAAUGAAGACCUAUCAGUGGCAGGGACUGUGGAACAUUCCAACAUACAAGGGAAAAAUCAAGAGAAUUGCAUUCCAGUUUACACCCUACAGCUGGGUGAAGUUCGAGUGGAAACCAGCCUCCAAUCUGCGCAGGUGGCUGGCUGUGUGUGGCAUCAUAUUUGUGUUCUUGCUGGCAGAGCUGAACACAUUCUACCUGAAGUUUGUGCUGUGGAUGCCUCCGGAGCACUGUCUAGUGUUGCUGCGUUUAGUUUUCUUUGUCAACGUGGGAGGAGUGGCCAUGCGAGAGAUUUACGACUUCAUGGAUGAUCCGAAAUUCUAUAAGAAGUUGGGACAGCAGGCCUGGAUGGUGGCGGCCAUCACGGUGACAGAGUUUUUGAUUGUGGUGAAAUACGACCCCAACACCCUCAUGCUGCCCCUCCCCUUCCACGUCACCCAGUGCUGGAUUCUGGGAAUCCUUGUCAUCCUCACCUGGACCAUAUGGAGGUUCUUCAUCCGGGACAUCACUCUGCGAUACAAAGAGACGCGGCGGCAGAAGCAGGAGAGCACGAGUGAGCAAGAGAAACCCCUGAGCGAUGGCAGCGAGAAUCCAGCGGCGCAUAGUAAGCAGAACAGAGAGGGGGUGCGGCACAGGAAAUCCUGAGCAGCAGGACAGUCUGGCCUUCACUCUUACUACCACUUCUACUGCUACCUUCAAAAAGGAUUUUAACAAUGAUAUUCAAGACAAUGAUGUUCCACUCCACUAUACAGUCCGUUUUUUUUGUUGUUUUUUUUUUGGGAGGGGGAGGGGGGCUCUUAAUGCAUGCAGACCUACAUGGAGGAGUGUUGAUGGUGUGUUUUACUACACCUUUUAAAACUGGAAUAGAUUGAAAGGGGUGAUAUACUCUGUCUGGCCACUCAUUAGAAGUACUUCUGUUACCUGAACACAUGGGUGAUUGGUAGAGCAGUUAUACUGCAUACUGGUUUGAUUUUUGAUGUCCUUGUUGCUAAUGAUGUGGAUGGUCCAACAGUUUUGGGUGAUGUUAACUUGACAACAUUCUCUUGUGCCAUUAGUUCAUUUUAAAAUAUGUUUUCUGUGUUGCCAUGCUGCUUCUGACUAGCGCUCAAUUAGAUAGAAGACUCCAUUUUGAGUCUACAUAACAGCUUGGUGUGCAACUUAAAGAUGGUGUUUUUAAAAUCGGGUUUCUACUGCUGGCUUUGCUACCACUUUUUGUGUUCUUGUUCAGUUCCACUUUUUUAUUGAUUUGAUCAACUUAAACCGUGAGGUACACCACAGCUGGAGCACUGGCAAAUGAGCACCUAUCAGUGGUUAUCCCAGGAUUACUCCUAGAAAUAAGUGGUUGCUGUAACAUGCUUCUAAAAAUCAGGGUAUAGGUUGAUCAAAUCAAGUCACUAUACAGAAUGUUGGCCAAAUGUUCUAUGAACUGUAUGCAAGCCAUUAAAUGCCAAAUAGGGUUUCUAUUUUUAAUACAGGUAUGCGCCAAGUUCUCUUCACGGGUGAAAGAAGUACACAAUCCAGUACCGAAGCUAGUACAGGAUAGGAGAUUUGAUUUUAAAAUCAUAAGAACUGCACUUACUAGGGAAAUUGUGGAGGGAAAAAAAUGUCAUGAGUUCUAAUAAGGUGGCAAGGCAGAGUAUAUCAUUAUUUUGUGUGUUUUUAAGGUCUAUGUGUCUGCUGUACUGUAAGGGGAGGGAGAUUUUGCAGGUGGUUUUUUUUUUUUUUUUUUUUUUUUUUAAGGUUGAAGUGCUUAAAAUAACAUUAGCACAGGGUCUAAAUUUAACUGGGAAUUAUUUAACUGAAAUUCUAUCUAAAUGGAGAAAUUGUACCAUUUCUGAACUCGGGUAGGGACCGGAGUGUAUUAUUUUUUUUUUUAUUAUUUUUUCUUUGAAAAAUUUAGUCGUUGCCAAUUAUUUUUAUUAUUUUCUCCCAAUUUGGAAUAGCCAAUUAUUUUAUUAUGCUCAGCUCACCGCUACCACCCCUGCGCUGAAUCGGGAGGGUGAAGACGAACACACACUGUCCUCCGAAGCGUGUGUCGUCAGCCGACCGCUUUUCUUUCACACUGCGGACUCACCAUGCAGCCACCCAAGAGCUACAGCGUCGGAGGACAACGCAGCUCUCGGGCAGCUUACAGGCAAGUCCACAGGCGCCCGGCCAGACUACAGGGGUCGCUGGUGCACGGUGAGCCGAGGACACCCUGGCCGACCUAACCCUCCCUCCCCCCGGGCGACGCUCGGCCAAUUGAGCGCCGCCCCCUGGGAGCUCCCGUCCUCGGUCGGCAAAGGAAUAGCCUAGACUCGAACUCGCGACGUCCAGACUAUAGGGCGCAUCCGGCACUCUACGCAAGUGCUUUUACUGGAUGCGCCACUCGGGAGCCCCACAGGGACUGUAGUGUAUUAUGACGUGAUUUCUUCUACUGUAGGGCAUGCUAUGAACUAAAAAAAAACAAAAAACACAUUGAUUUAAAAUAAUAAUAUCAUUAAUAAUAAUGUAAUAUUUUGAUGCCAGUUAGUGCUGUGCGCCAACUUCGUAACUUCGUGGAGGGGGGGGGGGGGGAAGUUAAAGGUAAACACUAACAUCUUAAAUGGGAAAGUGAUAUUGCUUUGGUGAAAUCUGUUUCCACUAAUAAGUAAUAUCUUUUAAUUAUGUUAAAUUUAAGGUAAGAUAGGAUUUUGUUUUCUGUUUUCUGCAAAUUCUGAAUCUGCACUAAUUUAACCCCUAAAAGAAUGUGAAGUGCGCUGCGGUAUUAUUAAUUAUCUCCUUCUUGUCUUCAAAUAGAAUAACAACUUACUUAGAAAGAUACAAGUUAAAGUCCAGAUUGCACUUAAAAAGGAUUCAGAAGGCAUUCAAUGAAGAUUAUUUAUGUUCUAAAAAUGGAUGCCAAAAUUAUUCUUUUGACAUGUAAAAUGCAUGCAAGGGAAGCAAAAUAGUAUGCAAAUGAAUGCAUUUAUAAUGAUAAAUACAUUAAUCCAUACUUAACAAAUAGUACAUCCAAUUUGAUUGUAUAUCCAAAAAUGGCAAUAGAAUGCAUAGCAGGAAUGGUUUGGUGAAAUCUGCUGCCUGUUAAGAUCAAUAAAACAGACCUUGCUGCAUGUCAUGCCUAUUAAACACAAAGUAGGGAGGAAGAUUAGCCUCUUAUAGCAGAAUCCGCUCCUCCUUUUAUACAACUUUAUAUAUAAUAUUGUAUGUUUGGUUUCCCCACAUAGUCAAUAAUUACAGUUUUAUAACCAGACUUGCUGAUUUGCAUAUUUUAUGUUGAUUUUGAUGUUUUAAAAUUGAACAUGUAUAUAGCUUGGGGCUAGAUUUUUUUAUAACACCUUUUAAAAAAAAUAUUUUUUUUAUGGAUUAUCAGUUACAUACUGUGUACCUUACCAGAUUUACAACCUUAUUUAAAGGACUAAAAUCUAAUUAAUUGGUAGAUAUUACCUUGAAUGCUCUGUUUGUCUUGAAAUAAACACUGUUCAUUAAAAUAUUAUUUUAUAGCACAGCCAACAAGAGAUUCUUAAUCAAUUUAUUUCACGAGGCUUAACCUGCAUGCUUUCCUGGUUGCUGGAAUAAUCAGGUGUCUACAGCCAAUCGCUGUGUCUCAUACGAGUCACAUGCGUUUUGAUUUUUAAGAAUUCUCUUCUGCUACAAAACAUAUUUAUCUGUGCUUUUCAUAACCAAUAAUUUAAGGCAAACUGUAGUAAAAUUCACAUCAUUUGUGGUAAGAUUUAUUAAAUAAAUGUAUCUGCUUUAACGUGUAUAAACUGUGCUCUGCUGUAAAACCGAGAGAUUUGAAGUGACUGUACCUUCUAGAACAGGAUACAAAAUAUGAAUCUGGAAGUAAAAAUGUACCUGUUAAAAAUGAUACAUUUUAAUUCUUGGGAAAACGAUACAACUUUAUUACACUAACAUACUUUUUUUUUUUUUUAUGAAAUGAUUUUCCUAAAAUAAUCAAAUGCCUAAUAUAAACUCCUGGAAAGGCUGUGCACAAACCAGAACAAGCAUGUAUAACAUAUAAAUAGGCUCCUAGAGUGCCAAACUAAAGAUGGGCAAUCAAAUAGAUGCUAUAUGUGAUGCACAAUAAUUCUAAUGAUGUAUAGCAAACCUGAGUAUAGUCCAUUGAAAUUCUUAAUCGAAACUGCUUGACUGCGUCAGAUUUCAAGAUUAUAGUUAUAUAGAUGUGUCAGAUUUAUUAUACCAGGAUACAGAAAUAUUUCAGUUUUCAAAUUGAAGCCAUCACAAAGGCACCUUAAGUGGGAUUAAAUGGAAAGCAUACAACUGAAUUUUUUGUGUGUCAAAAUAUCAAACCAUUCCUAUCAGUAUGUAACCUUGGAGUUAGCUGUCAGGCAUUUUACAGCAUUCAGGAAUUAUCCUGUAUUUUAUCAACUGGAUCAACUACCUAUCUUUUGGUUAUCCCAGGAUAAUCCUUAAAAAUAAAUUAUGGAAGCCAUCCAAGUUCUGUAAAAUGCUGUAACAAAAUCCAGCUGUGGUUUAUCCCGGUAUAAGUUGAUCAAAUCGAGUGCGAGUGCGAGUAAGAACCUUGCUGUCUAACACUACAGUUAAACUCACAUUCUUGGUUUAAACAGUCAGGUUUAUCACUGCAGUACUUGCAUGAUGGCUUCAAUUAUUCAACGUGCACCAAAUAUGAGUGAAAUUCAGCAAGCCUAGUUAUUGAUGUGUAAUGCUGCGUUCAUUAUUACUUUGAGACAUCUAUUGGUUCAUCUCAUAACUUUCCAACCUUUUAUUGUCUAAUUUAAUUUAUAUAUUAGUAUGACUUGACUUAUUUUUUCAUUUACUAAAUAUUUUAUAGCAAACCACAAGCAUGGGGAGGGGCAUAGCUGUAUAUAACGUUGCAUCUUGGUGCUUUUAAUUAAAUACAGAACCCUUGACAUUCAUGAUGAUACAAAUAGCUGUGUGUGUGUAUAUAUAUAUAUAUAUAUAUAUAUAUAUAUAUAUAUAUAUAUAUAUAUAUAUAUAUAUAUAUAUAUAUAAUAUUUUUCUGGGUUCAGUUCUGUUUUAACUACUGUGAUGGGUGUAGUUCUCUGCAAAGUAUUGUGAAUAAUCUGGAUCUGUCUGCCUAUCCUCAAUAUUAUGUAUCAGGUAAUGUUACACAUUCUAUGAAUAUGAUGUUGUUGUUUGAAAUGCCAGUCUGCCUCCUUUGAUGUAACUUAGGAAAUGCAUUCUGCCAUUUUUACUAUUGAAUGUAAUCCGAGUCAGUUUAAAUUGUACAGGCCCAGGGCAUUUUUAGCUGGCUAGACUACUUGGAUGCUGCUUAUCAAACAAUAAUCUGAAAUGCAUUUAAUAUCUGUUGGAACUUUUCUGACUUGAUAUACCAAUAGGCUGUAGUUGUUUAUAUUUCAGAGCUUUAGGUAAAACCUAAGAAAGCAUAGCAGAAAAACACUUUGUCUAGACACUAGUUGAACCGUUUGUCGUCUUGACUUUUUAUUACCUUUAUAUUCAGAUGCCUACUUGUGCUUACUAAAGAAAGUCAAUCUCAUACAACUUCAGACACCCUUGUCUGUCUUUAAAAAAUGCCCCUUUCCUGACCUUUUUAGACCGACUCACUCAGCAAAAAUAAAUUCACUUUAGAAGUUGUCAUAAUGUAUUGUCUUAUUUAUAUAAGUAAAUGAACAAAGUCCACUUCUAGCGUCAAAAUUGUAUGAAAGUCUCUAUUAAAAAAAAAAAAAAAGAAAAACCUGUUAUUUAGAUUUGGUAAGCUUAUCAAUGCCGCACAAGAGGACUCAAAUGUCUUCAAAGAUUUUGAGCAUCAUAGUAGGUUCAUGCUUCCCUCCUGCAACAAUUUUGGUGCACUGAUUUGAAAUGAAACUCAAAAACGACCACAACUGCAGCACUUCUAAGUUGCUGAAUUACCCUCCAGUAAACCGUCAUUGAGAAGCAAAUCUGAACCUCGUGUUUUUCCAUCAGUAACAUAUUCCAUUUUCUUCCGGUCUCAGAGCGUUGACAGUUCUCUAAAUAGCUACUUUAUUUUAGGAAAUGCUGCAGUAGCACAGCGAUGAAAUGGAGUUAAACUAAUACAAAAAAAAGAAAGAUGCAAAUUACUAACAACAUGUUGACUUGUUUUUGUUUAAUUUUUUUGGCGUUGAGUUAAUAAACAAACAGUUUCUA